UCGCGAUUUCCUUCUGCACAUCAAAACCGCAUUCUUAUCAUCAAAAUCUGGGUUUCAUUCGGCCAGGCGUUAUUAGGUUGUGUCGGGGCGUCGAUUUAAAAAAACUGAUCACGCAAGUUCAUCCUUUUAAACCACUUCAAACUCCCUCAACAUGGCAACAGAAAGACCCGCGAAGUAUCGUCAGGAGAUCCAACAGAUGAUGUUUGUCUCUGGCGAAACUGCAGAGCCGAGUCCGGAGACGACAUGGAUGAUUGAGGAAAUCGUUCGAGAACAAGUCCUAGAAAUGCUACAACAAGCGACAAUCUUGGCCAACCGCAGAGGCACCAGGUCAAUCUCAAUUGUCGACUUGAUCUUUCAGAUCCGUCAUGACAAGGCCAAAGUUUCACGUCUCAAGACCUUUCUAUCGUGGAAAGACGUCCGGAAGAAUGUUAAGGACUCGGACGACAAGGGCGGUGGCGACGCGGCAGAUGUCGACUUUGAAGAAGCUUCCGGAGGAGUCAAUCCAUCAGCACCACAAAAGUCCAGCACUACCAAGAAAGCCAAACUGAUUCUUCCCUGGGAAGCCCAGUCUUUCUAUUCUGAACAAGUUCCCGAGCGAGACGACGAAGAAGACGAAGAGGAAGAGGAACAAAAUGAGGCCACCUUGGCGCGUCUGGCUUCUGCAGAUGAAAGAACCAAAAACAUGACCAAGGAUGAGUACGUGUAUUGGUCCGAUUGUCGACAAGCAAGUUUCACCUUUCGCAAAGGCAAGCGUUUCCGAGAGUGGGCAGGUUUCGGUACCAUCAUCGACUCGAAGCCCAACGAUGAUGUUGUGGACAUCCUUGGCUUUCUCACCUUCGAGAUUGUCCAGACACUGACGGAAGAGGCCCUGAAAGUCAAAGCUGCGGAAGACAUCGCGAACAAGAAGGCUAAUGGUGGAAGAGGAGAUCAAGAGGCAAGUAAGAAGAGGAAGCGCGAAGGAUGCAGUUUGUUCGAAAUGCCUGAAGAAGGACGGACCCCUGUCGAACCGAAACAUGUGAGAGAGGCUUUUCGGCGACUACAAGUGGUGCCCAACAAGUACAAGUUCAUGAGGCAGGGGUUCGCAGGCAUGAGAACACCUAUGCGGUUGAUCUGAGGUGCUUCCUCAGGUGGCAGAUGACGAGAGCAUGGUGGAACGAGGCGUUUCUUGAAAGGAGCAACGUGUGACUCGCCCAAGUUGGAGGCGACAUGACUACAAACGAUUCUACGACUCUAGGUUCUUGGAGUUGGGAAUGUUGGUGAACUCGGCGCAGAUAGCAUUAGGGCGUACUGGUCGGUCGAUGAGUCUAUGAUUACUUUGACUAACAUGAGUCAAUAUGAAUAAUGGAGAGAAGUGACAUGACUCGUAUCUUCUUCCCCACCACGAUGUCACAUGUGUGGG